AUGAAAGGUUCUCACGACGCCCUUCAGAGCGCCAAAGUCAAGUUCAGCAACCACCUCGACACCAUCCAGCUCGCGACGAAGGAGUUCGAUGUAGAUACCAAGUACGUGGAUCUGGUUAUCAGGUUCAUUGGGGCGUCGGAUCUUGCAAAGGUGCACGUUAUUGGCAUGAUGAACCCGUGUUUUCGUGCUACGCUUGACGACAAGGUUUCGUACACGUCGACUAUCAAGGUGAAUACCCUGUCCCCAGUUUGGGACGAGACCUGGAUGGUCAAAAUGGUUCCUUCCACGGCUACGUUGUCUGUGGUUGUACAAGAGGUGGAGACUGGGGCACUGGUAGAUAAUGACAUCGGCACAUUCCAGACGAGUGUAAAUCCAGGUACGAGAGAGGUCGAGAUAGUUGGAAAGCGUUCGGGUCGAAAGAAAGGAUCGUUCUGGUUAAAGAUUGAAUCCUCUCCGUCGGCACAUAAUUCAAGAUCACUACCAUAUUCGUUUGAUGGCCCGAUCCACUAUUCUCGACACGACUCACCAACAAUGGGCGUUCUUACCAAUCUCAAGGACACGCGGUUGUAUUCGACAUGGAAAAUCUAUAUUAAAGGCGUCCCGCAAUUGUUUGGGGAUAUGGUGCAACGAUGGAACCACGAUUACAAGGCGGCACAUGCAAUUUUCAAACGACCUACAUCAAUUGCAGUGCGUUCCGGCAUCAUGGCUGGCCACCACAUGUUAUACGCCCGGUCCGUUUCAAACGGAUUUGGGGUCAUCACAAGUGCCGAUGAUGUGUUCAAGCUUCUGCGAGGCGGCUUACGUCGAGACGGCACAAGCAUAUUUGAAAAUCGCGUCAAGCCCGCAGUAUACACGUAUGUUAUCGCCGAAGAAGACGACACCUUCCGUUUCUCAGAGACAGGGGCGGCGUUCUUUGUUGACUUUGCAUCGAAGCAUGCACUGCUUAGCAACUGUGCAGAAAGCGUAGUGUAUAGCGGAGAGUUUCACCCUCGCCCACAAGGUGGCUGGGAGAACUUCUCCGAUGAAACGGACGAUAGCGGUGUGAGAUGGGAGUUGGUGAUUGAUAACAACUCUGGGACUUAUUCUCCUAAUCCCGAUAUGCUGCAUAAAGUUGUCCAACUUCUCGAACUCAAUUUUACGGGGAUCAACGUAGUUGGGCUAGCACAAGACGAUCCAGAAUUGAAGAAGAGCGUCAAUGCGUGCAGGGAGUAUGCAUCGAGGGUGAAAAGUACGGAGUUGAAGCCUCAUGCCACUGAGGUCGAAGAGACGUUAUCGGAUCGGAUUUUAGCACAUUUAAGAAGACCUAAUAAUUAUUGA